AGAAAAAUACCUAGAAAAUGACACAACACAACCCAAACUCGAAGUAAAUUUUGUUGUUCAUGAGUUUAUAACUAAUUAAAACCAAUUAAGCGGAUCUAUUGUAUUUAACGCUUAUAUGAGUAACCCCUAUAAAUACGCCGCGUUCUAUCUUAAUAAAUCUGCAAAAUGCUUUAAAGCCUAUUGCUUAAAAUAGGCCACACAUAGGUUACUAACCCCCCUCUGUGUAUUUUUUUUUAUUUUCAAUUUUUAUUUUUUCUGUUUUACUAGGGGGGCAAACUAAUAUAUCCUAUAUGCCUAAAGGUUCUUAGGCAGAACUAAUUUAGUUUAACCCAUACCCUAGGUACCAACAAAAUUUUUGACACCAUUGUUCCAAGUUAAGCAAUUAAGAUUCCAAAAAAAAUGACUGAGUACAAACUGGUAGUUGUGGGUGCUGGAGGUGUUGGAAAGUCUGCAUUAACCAUUCAGUUAAUUCAAAACCAUUUUGUUGAUGAGUAUGACCCCACCAUUGAAGACUCUUAUAGGAAACAAGUAGUUAUCGAUGGAGAAACUUGCCUUCUAGAUAUAUUAGACACAGCAGGGCAAGAAGAAUAUAGUGCAAUGAGAGACCAGUACAUGAGAACAGGAGAGGGUUUCCUAUUAGUGUUUGCCGUAAAUUCAGUUAAAAGCUUUGACGAUAUUGUUGUGUAUAGAGAGCAGAUUUUAAGGGUGAAAGACACAGAGGAUGUUCCCAUGGUACUGGUGGGCAAUAAGUGUGAUUUAUCUGCCUGGGUUGUGGACAUGAAUAGGGCCAGAGACAUUGCCAAGCAAUACAAUAUUCCUUUUAUUGAGACAUCUGCAAAAACAAGAAUGGGAGUGGACGAUGCCUUCUACUCCUUAGUAAGAGAAAUUAGAAUUGAGAAGGGCAGAGGUAAGAAGCCUAGCAAGUUUCCCGGGACCGGCAGAAGGUUUCCAUUUAAUAAGUUUUGCAGUAUACUUUAGAUAGGAUUCUUUAUAUACAAAUUUCAAAAAAUAUCAAGAUAGAUAGGGGUAGAGCCAAAUUUUUACUAUUUAGGACAAUGGUGUGAGUCUUGAUGGGCGGAUGCUUAAAUUAAAUUUGAAAGUAUUGUUUUGAGACAAUAAGUUGUUAAAAAUAUAUCAAAUUUAAAGUGGCUUUUAUUUGCCCAAACCAAUAUUUUCAAAGUUUGUAUUAAGACGAGUAAACAGUUCAAUAUUGUGCUCCAACAAUUACAACAACCCACUAUUCCAGAUUGUGUAUAAAAUAAUUCAAGUCGACAUUUACGUAGUGUAUUGACUAUAAAAAAUCUGGAAUUUUAAAUGAGGCAAAAACGUUUAAAUAUCAAUGUUUCGACAUCAUUUUUCGCUUUCUUAGGGUUGUUAAAAAUCCCGUUUAGUUAAAGAUUCAAAUCCAUUACCUGCAAUUUAAGGUAAAAAAAUGAUGGCCAUAGAACCAACUAUUUAAAACUUUUAUUGUUCUAUUUAUUUUAUAUUACGACUAUAAAUCUAUGUACUAUUUUAUUCUAUGUACUUUGAUGAAAAUAAAGGGAAUAGAAAAGUGAUGGUAUAGGGUGUAAAUAUGGUGCGAAAAAGAAAGUUAAUUAAUUAUGCCAACGAAAUAUGGUUUAAGGAGUACCCGAUAUAAUCACAAAAGAAAUCUAAAUAAGUAUGGAAAUCAAGAAUUUUAAAGAGGAUUAUGUGUUUACAAAAAUUUGAACAAAUUACUUAAUAAGUUCAACAUAUUUUCUUUAGUAGACUGUUAAAAACCUUGUUUGUUUUGAGCUUAUCGUUAAAUUAGGCCAUAAUUCCUAAAAAAAAUUAAAUGUAAUUAAACACAAAAAUUGAGAAUUGUUGUGUGCUCUGGAUAUGGAAAAACCUAUCAUAUUCCGACGCCGGAUUGCCUUUUUCAUUAUUUUAAAAUUCAUCAAGUGUCAAAAACAAAAUGGAUUAAAAUGGAAGAUUUUUAAUUCAUAAGAACAAAGAUACUGUCUCAAAAAAAAAAACCUGAUUGAAAAAAUUAACUCUUGCAAUACAGGGUGUCCCGAAUCGUGAUAUUCAAAUGUUGUGACCAUUUUCUAGAGUUUAUUAUCAAAUGAACGUAAAAUUAAAAUAUAAUAUAGUAUAAUAACCGAAUAAUGUCUUAUAAUGCCUCAAAUUGGUUUGACAAAGACGUAGUAGACGACAAAAUCGUAGCAUUCCUGGAUAGAUGAUGUAUAAUUUCCAAGAUGUUCAAGCUGGGAAUAUUGAAUAACUUAUAUUUUUUUAAAUGUUUGCACCUAAAUAAAAAAAAGCUGGUAAACUUUAUUUAUUGUUGUAGUGAACCACUACCAAUAAAAAGAACUUUUCUUUAUACAAUACGGUAGGCUGGCGUUAAUGUGAACUCAAAAAAUUUCGACUUAGUUCGCAUUACUGAAAUGUAAAAGAUUAUAUUAAAAGUAGCUAAAAUUAAAAUAAAAUUAUUAUAAAAUAAA